AUGAAGCGUGGCGACUGCCAUGGUCCGAUCCAGAUGGCACAAGAAUUCGACAGAGCAACAGGAAGCGGUUUCGUUGUCCAGCUGAGAUGGUUAGAUGGCCAAUGUGCAACAUUUUGCUGAACCGCCGCUCUUGAUGAAUUCACUCAUGUCGACGAAUUUGACGCUAAAACCAAGUUUUUCUAAUUUGUUAGCAGUUUCCUCGUUUCCUUGAUGCAUCACAACAUUGUUUCCUAUCACAACAGCAUUGCAAGCGAAAUUACGAGCUUCCUUAUCGGACACAGGCAGGAGAUCAGUCUCAUUGUGCAUGUUGUGUUGACUGAGAUGAUCGAAGGCAUAUGGGUAGUACAUAGCCAAUUCCUCAUUCAACGGGCAGAAGGCGGUGUCGAUAUGGUAAAAUCGUGGAUCUACUAA